AUGGACGUUCUCGGAACUGCUGAGGGAACUCUGGCACAUCACGCCCUGUCGGUGCUUGACCUUUGGGGAUUCUUCAACGACCAGGAUCUCUCAGUGGGAGUAGUUGCUAUUGACAUGAUCCGUAUGCAAGGUUUCAUCUCUGAUCUUUUUCACCGCUAUCACUCUGAUAAUCCUUAUCAUAAUUUUAAGCACGCAUACAGUGUGAUGUCUGCGGCUGGCAGUCUUAUGCGCUACGGUGGUGCAGAUGAGUUUUGCUCACCAUUAGAACAGCUGGCUCUGUUGAUAGCAGCAGUUUCUCAUGACGUGGGUCACAACGGUGUCAACAACGAUUAUUAUGUAAAGAAGGUUCAUCCCUUGGCGAUCCGCUAUAACGAUCAAGCAGUUCUGGAGAGUAUGCACAGUGCGUUGACUUUUGAGUUGAUUCUGACCGAGAAGAACAAUUUUCUCGCCGACUGGCAAGAGGAGGCUUUUGCCGACUUUCGGAAGACAACGAUUGCGGCAAUUCUCGCGACGGAUAUGAAAGUUCACUUCGACCUUACGACCCAAAUGCAAGAUCUUAGAUCUGCUCUUGAGGUCGACACUUCGUGUCCUGACACGAAAAUGCUCGUACAUAAAUGUUUGGUUCACGCUGCUGACAUCAGCAAUGCGGUGUUGCCAACUGAUAUGUACGAAGCCUGGGCUUAUAGAGUCAGUACGGAAUUCUACCGUCAGUCUCUCAGGGAGAAAUCUGAGGGUAUUCCCACGGCGCCUUUCAUGGACAGCUCCCCUGACGAUCGGGCCGAGUUUGCUGUCCUCCAACUCGGGUUUAUGAACUUCGUCGUAGUUCCCUUGUGGAACGCCAUGGCUGACAUGUGGCCUGCCUUGGAGCCUCGGAGGAAGCAACUUGCUGAAAACGUCGAGUACUUCAAGAAGCUGCGAGAAUCUGUCAAGACGGAAGAGGAUUGCCCUGCUGAAUGA